AGGCGGAAGAAGAAGCGCUGCAGCUGUUCAUUAUCCUAAACCACAGAGAGUGUGUGUGUUUUAAGUGAGAGAGAAGAGAAGAGAGUGUGCAGUUUUAUUUAUUUAGGUUAUAGAGUGUGUGUGUGGAUAACAGCGCUCACAGCUGCGGAGAACUGCUGAAAAGUUCAAAGAUGUCCAGACAAAGUACCUUCACUGCAGCACUGGCAACCAUGUUAGGAGCUACGCUCGGAGGCCUUUUCCUGUGGCACACCAUAUACACACAGAAGAGAAAAGCCCUGAAAACGCCCCAAAAGCCUGACCCAUUGCCUGUGGAGCAGCUUAGACCUGUGGAACUUAGUACAGCUCCAGUACAGAAUUCACAACAAAAGCCCACACCUCUGCCACCACCACUACCACCACCACCAAAAACUACAAGACGUAUUUCAAUACCAGCUAUUGAGAAGUUGCUUAAGGUGCCAGCGGUGGUGGUGAGCUCACCCGAAGAAUGGGAGGAACACUGGCCAUCGUUCCAAAAAGACCUGGCCAUCUUUCCUGUCCUGGGUUUGGACUGUGAAUGGGUAAAGAGCAUGCGUGUGUCCAACAAAGGGAAAGCAUCUGCGGUCUCUUUGCUCCAAAUGGCUACAUAUUCUGGCCGCUGCAUGCUGGUCAGACUGCUGGCAUUUCGCGAUGCCCAGCUGUCUCUGCCCAAAGGCCUGCUACAGGUCCUGCGGGACCCUCAUGUGAUGAAGGUGGGGGUUGGCUGUUUUGAGGAUGGCAAGCGCCUGGCCCAUGACCACGGCCUGGCUCUUGUGUGCACGGUUGAUUUAAGAUACCUGGCCCUGAGACAAAGGCAUGCAGUGCUAAAUAAUGGACUGAGUCUAAAGUCCCUUGCUGCAGACCUACUCAACGUUACCCUGGACAAAUCACUGGAGCUGCGAUGUAGUAACUGGGAGGCUGAGCACCUAACCCAGCAGCAGAUGGUGUACGCAGCACGUGAUGCCCAGGUGUCCAUUUCCCUAUUUCUCUACAUGCUGGGCUUCCACUCUGAACCCUGCAUCUUAAGCGACAGUGAGACCCCCUACUCAAAGCUGGCUUCGUCCUGCCAGGGUCUCAUGGAUGUACCUUUCAGGACACGCAGUGAAGGAGACGAGGGUGAGCGCAGGCGCAGGAACCGCAGGUCAACUGUGGACAGUCCCGAGUCUGGAGACCAGCAAGUACCAGACCCUCGCAGAAACAAACGCAAGCCUCUUGGGGUUGGAUAUUCAGCCAGGAAAUCCCCCCUGUAUGAUAACUGUUUCCUUCAUGCACCUGAUGGCCAGCCACUCUGUACAUGUGACAAGAAAAAGGCGAAGUGGUACCUUGACAAAGGAAUAGGAGAGCUGGUCAGCGACGAACCCUUUAUUGUGCGUCUGCUGUUUGAGCCAUCAGGCCGUCCCGACUCACAGAAGGACUAUUAUCUUACGGCAAAAGAAAAUCUGUGUGUGGUGUGUGGAAAAGCAGAGUCCUACAUCAGAAAGAACAUUGUUCCACAUGAAUACAGACGCCACUUUCCAGCCGAGAUGAAGGACCACAACUCUCAUGACAUUCUGCUGCUGUGCACUUCCUGCCAUGCAGCGUCCAAUGUUUAUGAUGGCUUCCUGAAACAGCAGCUGGCUGAUGAGUUCUCUGCCCCUCAGGGCUGUGAGGAGGGGGUGAGGAUGCUGGAAGAUUCGGACCGACGGCGGGUUCGCUCUGCUGCCCGUGCCCUCCUUAGCGCUGGAGAGAGCAUGCCAGAAACCAGACGAGACGAGCUCCUGUCAGUCAUCUGCACUUUCUACUCCGAGAACGAGAAAGACGAGGUCACAGAGGACAAAGACAAGGUCACAGAAGAAAUGCUGCAGACCGCUGCCAACCUGGAGACCAGGAUAUUUAAUGAGCAGUACAUCCCCCACGGGUUGAAGGUGGUGCGGGCGUACGCUGAACACGGGCUGCAGGGUCUGAUUGACCUAGAGCGCCGCUGGCGCCAACACUUUCUGUCUAGUAUGCAGCCCAGCCACCUGCCCCCUCUAUGGUCUGUGGACCACAACCACGAGAAGUACCUGCGCAAGUACGGAAAAGACCUGGUGAUCAACCUAAACUGACGGUCCACCCCUCCUCUCUUGUGCUCAUCUUUUGCACGCCAGACUUUGCAGUGUCUCCCUGCAGGUAGGAGGGUCACUGCGGUGUGGGUUGGACCCGGGUGGUCUCAGCCACAGACCUGUGAUGUCAUUUCAGUGUGUUCCAAAGAGAAAAGACUUGGCCACCGUAUGAGCUUGAGCCUAGCAGUAGUGCAGAUAUUGGCUGUAGAUGAACUGAAGAGAAAAACAAGAGGCUCUCAGACCUGGACCUGGACCCAGAAGUCACUGUGGUGAAUGACGAAUCACUAAGCAAGAAGAUGGAGUAAAAAAAUGUAAAAAAGGAAGAUGAGGGUUAAAGACAUUUAAGUGCACACUCAUUUAGAAAAAGAAAAAAAGAGAAAUAUUUGUGGUUGGAGAAGAGUUCUCAGCUUUUCAGAAAAUGAAAUUUAUAUAUUUUAAGCAGCCCAAACCUGCCCCUAAUUUCUUAAAUAUAACUUAAAAUAAAAAAUAGAGUAUACAUUUAAUGCAGGUUUGUGGCCCUAUUAAAUAUUUUGAAUAAGUGUGUGGUGAAAUCAGCUGUUUUGCCUUAUGAGGUUCUUUGACUGUGGUCCUAAUGCACCUUUUUUGCCCCAUGUCUGAAUUACGGUUACACUAUUUGUCAGUCUUUUAUAAUAGAUUUGACAAAACUAUAAACUGGACACCCCUUUAUGGUUAACUCACAUGUAUGGUUUUUGGAACCUUCUAGGCUCUCUGGUUUAUGAAUCUUUUACUAGUUUGAAAGUAAGUAUGAAAGGAUUUGACUGCUCCUUUUUUUUUUUUUUUGUAUUUCUCAACGGUCCCUAGUCAGUCAGGACACCUCUAACCAUUUUAAACCCCUGACUUAACCAGAGAAACAUACAUUAUUAGGCCUAAUCUGAAACUACAACAGGAUCUUGUUGAUUUAGUGUGUAACAAACUUAAGGAUGUAAAGGUUCAAACGACCAGAGAGAUUUGGCUCCAUGAGCAAUAAAAAUGCAGAUUAUCUGGAAACUUUUGAUCCUUUAGGAGGACACUGAUUUCCACAUUUGAGCACAGAAAAUACUUUAGAUUUGACUGAAGAAACACUACAGUUUGUCCUUUUUAUUUACAUUUAUCCAGAUGUAACCCCACUAAAAGCUGCUGUGUUUCCCUAAACAGUUAAUAAAAGUGAAUUAUUUAAUGUUAAAA